GAGAAGACCAAGACGCCCUUGGUAGCUACCUUUCUUGGGGCGUUUCUUUCCAUCGUUUUUGGUGUGCUUGUUGAUAUCAGGAUUUUAGUGCAAGUGCUGUCUAUGUUUUAUACCCUGGAGACCGUCGGUGUUAUACUUGCGGUCGUCAUUCUGCGUUACAAACCCACGAUACAAAGUGGAUACAUGGAAGUGGGUGGCAGAGAUGAAGGCUAUGCCACUGAAAGUUCCUGUGUACUACAAGUAAAUCGACACCAGAAUAGCCUAGAGCUGGACGGUUCGCCAGAGCAACUGCAGGAAAUCCAUGCUGGUGAUGUCAACGCUCCCAGAGAUCCCUCAACACGUCCAUCUUUGGCGAGGAAGGCCUCAACCGACUUCAUUCAGUGGAUCAGAGAGCAUCCAACCAGAUCUGUGAUCCUGUCUCUGUUCUUGCAUAUCGCUUUUGAGUUCCUUUUUGUAGGAUUGCUAACCUUCAAUCUGGAGGACCUCUUGGGACCCCGUGACCCUUCUUUAAUAUUUGGGAUACUCAUCAGUGGUUCCCUGUCUCUCAUCGCAUGCUGCCCCCUGUUGCUUCUACCUCAAUACAAAGAAAAUCUCAUAUUCAAGGUGCCCCUGAUGCCAUUGUUACCGCUAAUUGGCUUGCUGUCUUGUGUCAUACUUUUGCUACAUUUCGAUUUCCUGGCCUUCAUUCAAGUCCUUAUUUGGACAUGCGUAGGAAUAGUUGUGUACUUCACUUACGGCAUGAAGCACAGCGUCCAGGGUGCACGACAAGAUGGCUAUGAAACUAAUUAGUGAUUUGCAACAGUCUCUGACUUAUGGUCCGUGAAGAACCCCGCCAUAUUCCUGUUUCAACUGGACAUCUGGACUUUUUUCCCUUAGAAACUCACCGCGUCUUUAUUUAUUUAUUGAAAAUAGAGCCUAUUGUAAUACAAAUCCAUAAGUACCUAUAACCAUUUCUGUUAGUCGAGGUCGUCACGUGGCCGGUCGUAAACAAGAUAGAGAUAACACAGCUGGCUCAUGGUGUGCUGCGCCACUUCAUUCAGUACGCGUGCAUCUGGCGCGGGCAAUUUUUUUUUUGGGGGGGGGAAUACGACCACUUGCGAAAGGAACAUACCAUCACAUGCCUAGAGGGUUGUUUAAAAAAAGUAAAAUUGAUGAACACGAUUCAUUGCAAAUUUGAAAUUUUCAAAAUUUGUAAGUGCUUGACUCAAAAUUAAAAUUUGUGCAUACUAAUGAAUAUGUACUGUAAAUAUGCACAGGAAUCUUUGUUAUGCUUGGGUCUCGUUAACUUUGCCACCUGAAUGCUUUUCGAAUUGCAAGUAAGAAUUAGUGUUAUUUCCACCUAGACAUUUUUUCUGAGCUAUUAAAUUAAGUCAAGCUUGGAUUUAGCUCGCGCACGAUAAUUCGUAGUUUUGUUGUUUUAGUGGGUUUUACGGAAAGAAAUAUACUGACAAAUUGUGGAUUGGUUACUUUGGCAUGUUUGGGUCAUUAGCGGAGGUCCUAUCGCCUCCCGAGGUAACUGAGGUCACAGUUUAGGAGGUACAUGUACCUCCAUGUAAGCUGCCCCAAUUCAUUCUGCAUGUUAACUUCCUUGUUGGCCUUCUCACAAGAAAUGCAGUUUCAUCUGCUUUUGAAAAUACCACAUACGUAACGUUUUGCACCAUCCUAUAUUAUGUAUCCAAAUCCAACCAGCAACUCCACCUACUGGAACUUAAGGU